AUGGCGUCCCCCAGCUCUCCCUCGCCUUCGCCUACCGCAACGGCCGACAAGCAUGCUGCUCACACCAACCCGGCCCUGUCCGUCCCCGGCCCGGGUCCCGUUCCUUCCACCAGCACACCAACCACAACAGUCGACCCAGCAUUCGGUAUUCUCCCCGCCACCACCAGGAGCACCACCCCUAACGGCAACGGCAACCACAAACCCGACCCAGACGGCCCGGCCCGCUCAACUCCGACCCCCUUCACCCUGCACGUUCCAGACGCCGAGCUAGCCCGGCUCAACAUCCUCCUCGAGCACUCCGUCAUCGGGCCCCCGUCCUACUACAACACAGCCAGCACCGAAAAGUCGUCGACAACCGGCGACGCGAAAAAGUCCUUCGGCGCAACCCGCGAGUGGCUCGCCAACGCCGCCCACGUCUGGACGCACGACUUUGACUGGCGUGCGCAUGAGAGACGGUGGAAUGCCAUUCCGCAGUUUAUGGUCGAUGUGACUACCACUUCCAACACAUCUCCAGAUUCAGAGCAGCAGGAGCAGCAACAAAAGCAAAACUUCCGCCUCCAUUUCGCAGCGCUCUUCUCCCGCAACCCGGCCGCCGUGCCCGUGCUGUUCUGUCACGGCUGGCCUAGCUCGUGGCUGGAUUUUGUUCCGCUUCUGGAACUGCUCGCCGCUAAGUACACGCCUGAGACACUGCCGUAUCAUAUUGUGGCGCCGUCGAUUCCGGAUUUUGGAUUGUCUACACGGCCUGUUUCUUCUGCUGCUGCUGGCUCAGAACUGGACGUGUACGGCGCAGCGGCCGCGUUGAAUGAGUUGAUGAAGACGCUGGGGUUUGACGCGUAUGUUGCGCAGGGAGGGGAUGUUGGGUCCGGGUUGGUCGCGGCUUUGGGGGGGGUACAUGAUGAGUGCAAGGCUGUGUUGUUCAACAAUUUCCUCCUCACCCCCAGCGAAAAGGCCGGCGUCGCUCAUCUCCCUGUGCUGCCGCAGGAGGCCCUCACGAUUGCCAUCAACAAGCAGUUUAUCUACUCCGGCACGGGGUACAUGCUUGAACAAGGGACCAAACCAGGCACCAUCUCCCUGGCGCUCAUGUCCAACCCGGUGGCCUUGCUCGCGUGGAUCGGCGGCCUCUACGCCGAAGCCACAACCUUCACCCUCCCCGCAAUCCUGCAACAAGUAGCCUGGUACUGGCACACGCAAUCCUAUGGCCGGGCACUCUGGCCCUACCGCGUGGGGUGGGAAGCCAUCUUGCGCGACGCAGGUGUCGAGCGCUUGCCUUCGCCGCUGGCUGUGCGGGACAAACCGGUGGGAUACUCGUGGUUUCCGUAUGAAGCGUUGGGGGUGGCGGAGUCGUGGUUGGGGGAGUGGUUUGGGGAGGGACUGGUGUUUUUUCGGAGGCAUGAGAAGGGCGGACAUUUCGCAGCAUAUGAAGAACCCGCGGAGUUCUUGCAAGACGUCGAGGACUUUGUCGCCACUGUCAAGGACAAAAUCCAGGUUCCUAACUAA